ACGCACGGACCACCACCUAGACUGAAAUCUUGCAUCUCUGCCAGCACCUUGGAGUCACAAGACAGGGGAUUCUGAGCGGACGGGAUCUCAGAACUCCGGUCCCGGGCGCGGGAGGACCGUGUCGCUGUUCCUGGUGCUGAAACGCCUCAGCCUGCCCGCCCACCCCCCACCGCGUCCCGGGUACCGCGCCGCAACCUCCUCGAGACCUGUCCAGUGCUGAACCCGGAUGCGGCCGGGCCCGCGGGGCUAGACCCGAGCCUGCCGCACCCAGCGGAGCCUGGACCGAGCUCCCGGGAGCGCUGACGCAGAACGCUGGAGGGCGAGAAGCCGGGCAUGGACCAGCAGAGAACGGACUCCUACCAGUGGGGAGCUAGCUUCAAUGAGCACGUCCUGCAUAAGACCAUCCUGGUGGGUGACAGUGGCGUGGGAAAGACAUCUCUGCUGGUUCAGUUCGACCAGGGCAAGUUCAUCCCCGGCUCCUUCUCGGCCACCGUGGGCAUCGGAUUCACAAACAAGGUGGUGACCGUGGAUGGUGUCAGGGUGAAGCUGCAGAUCUGGGAUACCGCCGGGCAAGAGCGGUUCCGCAGCGUUACCCACGCCUAUUACCGAGAUGCCCAGGCCUUGCUCCUGCUGUACGACAUCACCAACAAGUCCUCCUUCGACAACAUCCGGGCCUGGCUCACUGAGAUUCAUGAGUAUGCCCAGAAGGAUGUGGUGAUCAUGCUGCUUGGCAACAAGGCAGAUGUGAGCAGUGAAAGGGUGAUCCGUUCAGAGGACGGAGAGACACUGGCCAGGGAGUACGGCGUCCCCUUCAUGGAGACCAGCGCCAAGACGGGCAUGAAUGUGGAGUUAGCAUUUCUGGCCAUUGCCAAGGAACUGAAAUACAGAGCCCUGUGGCGGCCGGAUGGGCCCAGCUUCCAGAUCCGAGACUUUGUGGAGUCCCAGAAGAAACGGCCCAGCUGCUGCUCCGUCUUGUGAAUCCCAAGGGGCAGUAAGGGGGCUCCGGAGGCCCCCAUGAAUGCAGCCUUCUCCCCCAGAUCUGGUUUAUUCUGAGAGGCUGGGGGUUGGGGGGACCCAGUGGACAGCCCCUUCCCAAGUGGGAGCUGUACUCCCACCUCUGCUCUAGUUCCUGUAGCUUCCCUGCAUCCUGGGGGAGGGUAAAAUAUUUAUUUCAUCCUAAUGAUACAUAAUGUAAUACAAAGACGGAGGGAGGGGGGAGGCGGGGCCCCAGAAAACCAAGGCAGGGACCUGGUGGCCCUUUGCCUUCUGGUACUUGGACUCAGGGGUGGGAGGCUCCCUCCUAGCCUUGACAAGGGUGGUGUUGCUCCAGCUCAGCACCAGAGGGCAGUGAUGCACUUCUGCAGCUUGACGCCAGGAAGUGACCCCAUCGUCACCCUCACCUCAACUUGAGAGGUUAAGCAGACCCCAACUUUCAUUUCCUCCAGCUCCCCGGGAACAGUCUUCCCCAGUAAGAUGGGCCCGUGUGCCAGGAGCCAGACCAAAGCUCAGGGAAGAGAUGUGGAGAUCGGGCAGUGACCGGGCUCUGUGGGUGCAGGAGGGAGGAGUGGCCCAGACUAGGUCUCUCCAUGUGGCUGCCUCUGGCUUUCCUAGUCCCCCUCUGGGACGUGUGCCCCUUUUCCUUGAGCCUACAAGCUAAAAAUGUUUCGUUCCUGUUCCCUGGACCUCGGGUCCUGAGGGAGCCCCACCUCCCGGAAUCUCUGUCUUCUCUACCCUUUUGCUUGUGCACCUAGACACCUGAGGUCACAGCCAGGGAAAGGUUUCUCUCCUAUCCCAAACAGGAUAAGCAGGUAUGCAGCCCCACAGGCUACUUCCAGCAGCUACAGUGCUUCUACUGGGUUAAGAGUCAGAUAAGGAGAUAUCUCCUGGAGCAGAUGGGAGGCAGACCUGAGCAAACCUCAUCCCACCCCACAUAGCCCCCCAAACCCAAGCGCUGUCGCCUCCCUGACCACUCAUGCCUUUUCUCUUCCAGACACCAAGGCCAAAACUGCUCCAUCUCCCCUCCCACUGAGCCAAGUUAGGGAGUGAGAAGUCACCCAUUUCUGGGUAAACCAACACAGUGUGCAAAACAAGGUCAUUUGGGUAAGACUGGGCCGAGGAGAGAGGUAGCAAGGAGUUUAUGUGGGGCCAAGGUCACCAGACUUCUCCCAGCGACCUGACUGCAGCAAUCGGAGGUGGACAGGAGACGUGCAGGUCUUGACCUGGAGGCACCUUUACUCUAGUUCUCCAGGCCAGGGGACAAGGGAGAGGAGAGAGGAAGUACACACGUCACAUUUCUAAGGCUACUGUAUCUGCUUUCAAGGCAGAAAUCUUGCUUUCUGAGCAGAGUCAGUGGCUCCAACUUGGGUGCGAUAAGGUAACUCUCCGAGGCUUCUCCCAAGAGAAGCAGAGAGGAGCCUGACCUUGCUGGGCUCUUCUGGGGCCCAAGACAGGUCACAGGCGACCGAAUCACAUGGGCUGCACUUGUGUUUUCAGAAGUAAAUUGCCGAAUUUGGAGUA